UUUUAGCGUGGCAGGGUUUUUAGCUAACCCCGCCGGCCGCCGCCAUGGCCAUGGCCAUCCACGCCCAGACACCGCAUCCCCCGCCUCCGUUCCGCCUCUUCCUCUAGCUCCCCGUAACCGCCGUAAAAUGGCGACCGCCACCUCCUCGCCGUUCCUCGCGCCUCUCCGCUUCUCCACCCAGAUCCCCGGCAGUCACAUCACCUCCGCACCUGGGAGCUCCCCCGUCCUCAGAAUCCGUUGCUGGAGGCCCUUUGCGGCUUCCCGCUGCGACGUUUCCCUUGUUCCGGCGCGGUUCCCCCGGACGCUGCCCCGGCGCCGGAACGCGCUGCGGGAUAAGGCCUCGCAGCUCUGGCCGCCGCCAGCUGUUCCACACCAGGUGCGUCAUCCUUACGAUGAGGCCCCCAAGUUAGAGUCUUUGGAUCGCCAAGAGCCCAAAUCUGGUUGCUUGGAUGCUGAGCCGUCGUCUUAUCUUAAGGAGAAAUUGGAAAUUUCUGGUUGUCUGGGUGCUUCUCGAAGUGGGAAUGUGGCUUCAGAGUCCGAACUGGAUGGUGAGAAGGAUGCGGCUGGAGUCGCAGAGGAGGAGAUCACUUUCUGUCGAACUGGGGCUGGUCCUGUGUUCAGUGUUUAUGAAGGUCCAGAUGGAAAUGUGGUGCGCAUUGAGGUGGAUGAGGAUGAAAUCAUUGACAGGAGCCACGCUGCAGUGGGCGAGGGGAGCGAUGAUUCAGAGAGUAUGUUGUCUUGCGCAAGAGUGAUGGCUAUGGAACCCAAACGUGGCAAGUGUGUGACUCCAAAGAACAGCUCACUUUUUCAGUUUGUAGCAGCUAAUCGGGUGGAAUCACUAAUUCUUAAUGGGGAGGUUUCAGUUGCUCAGAGAAAUGCGACUCCUUUGCAGUGCGUCUCAUGGAGUGGUUUGACAGCAUUAUUCAGUGUCUGCCUUGUGUUAGCUCUUUCCAAGUUGAUCCAGACAAAUAGCAAGGCACACCUGCUGAGGAGAUUGCUUUAUAUGCGUAGGCCUGGGAUGGAAUGGGUUAAAUUCGAUAAGGGUAACAUGACAAUGCUUAAAAAGGCGCAUGGGUUUCCAGGUGGUUUACAGAGAAGGCCACUUCUAGACAGGAAAGAACUGAUGAAUAACAUCAAACAGGCCAAGGAAUCGAGGGACUGGUUUGUCCUAAGAAGUUCAUUUAGCUGCGAAACAGUUUCUAAUGGUGAUGAUGCAAGAAUUACAGAAUUCAGAAGAAUGGUUAAAGAGGUCCAUAGACCAAAAGAAAGAAACCUUGAACAAAGUAGUACUGAAGAAAGUAAUGGUACCAUCUUUCCACACCUAAUUGUUGCAGAUGACGAAGAAGUUUCUGGUAACCAGGCUGGUGUUAAUGAUGUGUCAGACAGUAGCAAAUUAUCUGGCUACAGUUUGUCAACUGAUAAGAUUGAGGAAACUGUUGAGCAGACUGUGGAUAUGGAAAAUGGAGAAGCAGUCAUGAGCACUAGUGUAAAAGAUGAUGAUAAUAUUGGAGAAAUAGAACUGCCGGAGCCUGCUUAUAACAAUGAUAUGGCAAUUGGUUCAAAUGAUGGACCAUCUGAUAUGAACACAUCAGAAAAAGAAGCACAAAUUGGUUCUGCAGAUUAUCAUAAUCUGGAUCCUAAUAUGAUUAAUACCACAUCUUGUGAGUUGGAAAGUGAGGAAGCAUUUUCAGAGACAUGUGCAAAGAAUCUGGACAUUAUUCAAGGAACAAAACCAUCUGUGCCAUCCAUUAGUUACCAUCAGAUAAUUCAUUCAAAGGAUAAUUCUGAGUUUAGCAUCAAUGUAGCUCCAGAAAGAGCUGAUGGUUUGUCAUCUGAUUGUUUUGACUGUUCAGCAUCUGAGUUGAGGAACAAGAAAACACCAAUGGACGUUAGUGUGAAUGAUAUCAAUGUCAAUCAAGAAAUUGAAGCGUCCAGGACUUCAGCAAAGGAUACUCAGACAGAUCACUACAAAGAGUUUGCUCAUAAUAUGAACAUGAUAGGUGAAGAAGAAUGUAAAACUUCAAUAGUGAUGGACAAUGUGACUUCAGCAUCAUCUCAGGGAAGCAGAGAAGAACCUAUAGAUCUGAAGAGAGAUAGCAUGCAAUUAGCACAAGAACCAAAACCAUCCAUUUCUAGUUGGAAUGACAAUCAGCACAGGGAAACAGAGUCCACUAGGACCCUUAAUAAUGCUAGCACAUCAUCACUAUAUGCCCCUCCAGAAGAAACUGUUCAACACAAUUUUUCAAAAAUCUCUACAUCAGAGAAGAAGCAAGAGAAAAGAACUUCAUCCAACAAAAAAUUUAGAGCGCAUCUUUCGAAAAACAAAGUCAAACUACAGAAAGAAGUGUGCAGCAGUAAGGAAACUGAGACAACGCAAUCAGAACAAGGUGUACCUGGAACCAAAGCUGUGAAUGGUCCAUCAAAUUCUGUACAGAAAACGAAGAAAGUGGCAAAGAAACUGCUAAAGAAAGUGCAAAGUGAUAUGCAAAUAGUAACCACACUAGAGGAUGAUCAAAGUAAUGGCCUGGUUGAUCAGAAAAACAAUAGCCAGAAUAUUAAAAAGACAAGAAGGAGAUAUCUGAAAAAUGCAUUUAGUAACCAUGAAGCUCGAACAAGAGAUGUAAAUCCAGAAACAACUCAUGAAGUCAACUCACCUUAUAAUGCGCCAGCUGACAUUGUGGAACCUCUUGGUGUUGAAGCUUCUUCUGUGCAGACACAAUUUUCAAAGGAUGCUUUUAGCAAAGAUCAGCCAAAUGGGUCCAGUGUUAGUAAUAUGAGGAAGCAAGAUUUAAAGCUCAGCAUCCGAACCCCAGAAAGAGUGGAAACAGCUGCAGAAGAAACUGAAAACAAAGUGAAUAUUGAUCGAAACAAAUCAACCACGGCUGUAACUGCUACCAAGAAGGUGGUAAAGAGAGUUGCACCCAAUUAAUAUGCGGCACAUGAACAAUAGUGGCGUACUGUCAUUGCAAUGAGGAAUUAUCAGCUGAAGAAGUAAUCUUCUCUCAUCAAUUUGAGCAGCCAGUUGGAUCUUUCUUUUUUAUGGAAGGGGAUUGAGCUAAAGAGGUUGCGUGCAUAAAAGCAUGGUAAUGUAUUGUCCGACCAUUGACAAGUACAUAUUCAGUUGAUAGCUUCUAAUUCUGUCCCUUAUGAAAAUUUCUCAACCUUAUAGAUUUCCUAAUGUUGUCAAUUUUGCAUUUCUACCUUAAAGUGUGAACACCUACAAUUAUAUUACUUCCAUCUUGAAACAUUUGUUAGUUUUGAAUGCAUGCUAUGAAGCUUUU